UAACCAAGGCCAGUUGAAGCAGAAAGUCCUUAAGACACAGGCAGUAUAUGAGUCUCAGAGUGGGCCUGUUGUUGCUGAACAAAUAGAUGAAGUCCUGGCUGAAUUUGGGGUGAGACAGAAGGUCGUCGCCGUAACUGUCGACAACGCUCCAAAUAUGGAUGUGGCUGUACGUCAGCUACAAACAAAAAAGCUUGGAUGCUUUGCGCAUUCUCUAAACCUAGGGGCAGAAAAGGUUUACAAUGUGCAAGCUAUCUCCAAGUGGUCAGCAAGGAUCCGGGAUGUGAUCGUUUGGAUCAAAAGAUCCUCAAUGAUUAAGACCAUUUUCAAAGAGAAGCAGCGUCUCCUGGGCCUGCCUGACCAUUCUGUGGUCCUUGAUGUCAAAACCCGCUGGAAUUCUCUUUAUCUCAUGGUGGAGAGAUUUGUGGAGCAAUAUCCUGCAAUACAGGCAGCAUUCUUGGACCCGCGUGCCAAAAAGCUCAUGAAGAGAGACAGACUUGAAGAGAUCACAGAUGAAGACUUCAGGAGGGCUGAGGACUUUGUCAGUCUGAUGCGCAUGCUGUAUACAAGUACCCUGUGUGUGUCAAGCGACAAGUCUUCUACAUGUGGCCAGAUAAUUCCCAUUCUGCAAAAACUGAAGACCCACUUAACUGUCAAAGAGGAGGAUUCCACAUUUGUGGCCACGGUAAAAGAAAAGGUCUGGGGUGACCUCUCCAAACGUUACCAGGAUCAUGACAUAAUGGCCUUUCUGGAGGAGGCCACUCUUAUGGAUCCAAGAUUCAAGGGAAAGCUGAGUUCUUCUGAUGAAGUUUGGGAACGACUGAAGGCAGCAGCAUUGAGGGAAAUGUUAGGAGAGGAGGAUGCAGUGCCAGUGGAGGCUCAGGAAGUGGAAGUGGAUGAGGAUGAAGAGGAUGAAGAGGAGGAGGUGGAAAAUGUAAGUAAGACAUGAUUCUGUAAUACCAAUGCUAUAUGUUCUAACAAAAGCAAUAAGCCUGAAUACAUUUACAUGGUAAAUAUUAUAUUUCAGCCUCAUGUUGUCAAGAAACCCAGGGUCUCUGCACUGGAGGAACUCUUCGCUGAAGAGGAU